AUGGGCAUACUGGCAUCAUUUGUGCUGAAACGCUGCUACACGCGCAGCAUUGCACCUCCCACCGAUGGCGACCGUCACUUGGUGGAACAUCCUCCAGUGCAAGAUGGCGCACUCCGCCACCGAACUGUGGAUCAGGAAAAGUGGGGCCUGACACUGGGAGACUUGAGGCAGUUUAAGCGACUCGUGCACGACGCUGUCAUGAAGGGAAUCAUCAAACCCCACGACCGCGAUCAAUUUCUACCCUCAGACACCAGUUGCGGGCCCUCAGUGUACACCGUGACUCAGCAAUUCAUCAAGCCGGUGACAGAAGCCGCAGGGAACGUCAGCUGGGCAUUGCUGAAACAUCCCGAAGGUUUGGUCUGUGAUGUAUUUCUUACGCAUGGCUGGGCCGAAGGCAUCUAUGAGUUUAUCGACAAGGUAGAGCAAUCGUGGCCUCGGGGAGGUACUGCAGCCUACGUGUGUUUCUUAUCCAACCCGCAGAACCUCGACAUCUCCGAUUUGGUACGAAGCCCGAAAGAGUCACCGUUUGCCAGAGCUUUGGAAAGUUCAAGCUCCAUGCUGGUCAUCCCGAAUCAUGUCAGCAGCAUUUACUAA